CGACCCAAUCCUGGAGACUGGCUGAGAGUGGGAGCGGGGACAAGUGGUUCAGGUGGAUUCAGGGCUGGAGCUGUGCUGGGGAAGCUUCUUGCUCCUGCUGUUGCUGCUGCUGUUCUUGGGAGUCCAAUCGCUAGAUAAGGCAAAAAGCCCUCUCAGAUUUGAGGGGAGCCAUGAGCCGGUUCCUGAAUGUGUUAUGAAGCUGGCUGGUUAUGGUGUCCAUCAUCGCCAUGGGGAACACGCUACAGAGCUUCCGAGACCACACCUUUCUCUAUGAAAAGCUCUACACUGGCAAGCCAGACCUGGUGAAUGGCCUCCAAGCUCGGACCUUUGGAAUCUGGACGCUACUCUCAUCAGUGAUUCGCUGCCUCUGCGCCAUCGACAUUCACAACAAGAUGGGACUCACAUGGACUAAUGUGGAACAGUUGCAAGCAGUCACAGCCUCUGGUCUAGAUAAUGUUGUAACCCGUGCCGGCCACUGGAGGGGGCUCGAGCUUUCUUCCCAACAGCAGUCAUCACCACAGUCAAGGUGGAAAGUUUGCUCAGGUCCCCAGGCUCUACCACAUCACGCUCUGGACCUUCCUCCUCGCCCUGGGGCACUUCCUCUCCGAGUUGUUUGUAUAUGGGACCGCAGCUCCCACCAUUGGCGUCCUGGCACCCCUCAUGGUGGCAAGUUUCUCAAUCCUGGGAAUGCUGGUGGGGCUCCGGUACCUCGAAGCAGAACCAGGAUCCAGACAGAAGAAGAGAAACUGAGGCCAACAUCACCACGUCCGAGACCUCGUCUUCCACCUUUGCUGGCCUCUUCCUUCACCCUCUUUGCUCUUAAAUUUCUUUUCUGCUCCAUCCUCCACUUCUAGUCCUUUACUUUUUUUUUUCUUUAAUUUAAAAUUUUUUAAGAUAUUUAAAUAUGCAUACGGCAAGUCGGUGCCAUUUAAAUGUAUGUACCAUUUAAAGAAUCAUUUUAAAAUGAAUACUCUGUACCUCCAUCCAAAUCAAGAAAUCGCCAGCACAUCCAAAGCCCACUGUGUGCCCUUCCCCCACCCGCAGCCUCUUCCAGGACCCCUUUUCCAGCCUUCCGCUUUUUUCCUUUUAUUUUCACCCGACGAUUUGACUUGUAUGGUGGGAACACGUGAACUGUGAAACUUAAAGCUGCUGCCUCACCCACACCAGCUGCCACCAAGGGCUGCUUCGAGGGGGUGUCAGCCCAGGUUGGGCUCCUCUCUGCUGCUGGACCCAAGACUCUGAACCAUCCAAGGGACAGGCAGUUCUUCUAAGAAGGGCUCCCCUGCAAGUGAGCAUGGCUCCUUAUCCUUGUGCCUACAGGUGGAUCAGGGUUGGAAGAGUCUGGGCUGUUUUUAGACCUUCCGGUCAGCUGUAUUUGUGUAAUGAGAUUUGUAAUAAAUAGAAAAACCUUCUGCUCU